AAUACACUGACAUCUUAACUGAAGACAACGCAACUCAGUCUUAAUGUAAAAAUAGUCGGAAAGUAUUUUUACCAUUUUUACUAGAGGAAUAAUUUUAUAAGUUAAACAAUAUUGUUUUUAAAUCAGUUAACUGAACAGUGCUCAAGAAGUGAAAGUAACAUGACAUUCAAAGUCCUAUGGUUCGUCACAGCGUUGAGCUUGAUUGAAUUCGGCCGCACUGAACGUUCUCUUGACAAGUACAACUGCAACAGAAAUAAACCAUGCACCCAAUACUUCAGAGAUUGUGGCCAGUACUACUUUGCUUAUGAUGCCAGCGACUCCAAAUUUGUUCAAUGUGAUGAGUGGGGAGGUUGUUUCGUCAUGCCAUGUGCUCUUGGAACUGUCUGGAGUUCUGAAGCCUACACGUGUGUUCAUGGAAACUCAGACAACAACAGAGUUACCACUACGACUACAGCAGCAACAACAACAACUAAAUUUGUUCCAGAUCAAGGAAAAUAUAACUGUCUCAACAAAAAACCAUGCACUCAAUACUUUAGAGAUCGUGGCCAGUACUAUUUUGCUUAUGAUGCCAGCAACUCCAAAUUCGUUCAAUGUGAUGAGUGGGGAGGUUGUUUCGUCAUGCCAUGUGCUCCUGGGACUGUCUGGAGUUCUGAAGCCUACACGUGCAUUUGGGGGAACGCUGACUCCAAUGAAGUUACCACAACGACGACUACGACAACAACUACCAAAUUUUUUCCAGAUCUUGGCAAGUACAACUGUGACAGAAACAAACCAUGCACCCAAUACUUCAGAGAUCGUGGCCAGUACUACUUUGCUUAUGAUGCCAGCAACUCCAAAUUUGUUCAAUGUAAUGAGUGGGGAGGUUGUUUCGUCAUGCCAUGUGCUCCUGGGACUGUCUGGAGUUCUGAAGCCUACACGUGCAUUCAUGGAGACUCCGAUGCUGAUGAAGUUACCACUGAAGCAACAACAACCACAACCACAAAGUUCGUUCCAGAUCUUGGCAAGUACAACUGCUACAACAAAAAACCAUGCACUCAAGACUUCAGAGAUCGUGGCCAGUACUAUUUUGCUCAUGAGGCCAGCAAAUACAUAUACAUUCGAUGUGAUAAGUGGGGAGGUUGUUAUAUCAUGCCUUGCUGGCUUGGAACUGUAUGGGAUUCUGCAGCUUAUAAAUGCGUUCGUAGAUGAACUGUUGACAGAAAGUAAAAUAUAGAGAGUGCUAAUAAUUCACCAAGUGGCUUGUUCAAUGCUGCUGAUAGUUUUAACGCAUUCUCAUCUUUUCUCAAUGUUGCCAUAUAUUAAAUGAGACCAACGUUUUAAAAUUGCUCGUUUUUUUUAGAUUUGUAUUCGUUUAAUUUUUUUCAAUAAAUGAACGUUUCUUGGCUUUAAAAUUGAUCCUGAAAUUUCAAACAGAUCAAUAAUUAUAAUUUUUUAUUCAAAUGUUAUUUGAUUGUUAAAUUUCUGGGCUCCAUGAUCAAAACUUUUUUUACAUUUCAUGUUUUUGAUUUGUUUUUAAUGUUAAUGUCUGAUUUCAAAGAAACAAAUUUAUUUUAAAAUAAAAAUUUUUACGUGAAAAAAUCUUA